AUGCCGGCGAAGCAGGCAAAGGAAGCAGUGGCCGCAGGUGUGCCGCUUUCGCCGCUGCUGCCGCUGGAGAAUGACUGGCUGGAUUCCACGGCAGACAGGCUGCGUGAUCGGCAGACAGCGUGGGAAGGCUACCAGCGCGCAGACCUGAUCAGCAACGAGGAGCUGCAAAUGCUGCGCGAUGCCGAGCAAGCGGGACGCGAGCACAAGAUGCAGACCGUAUUGGAGAAGGGCGCCGCAUAUGCUGCGCUAUAUAUGAGGCUUUUGAAUCGACUGAACCGUGCUGAUACCCUUCAGCAGGUCCUGCUGCUGAGCAAUGACCUCGCUCAGGCCGCGCCCGACAAGCUCGGCUGGUUCUUUGCCCCUGCAGACGAGGAGGAUGCAACUUAUGACCAGCCGUUCCAAUCGACGGUGAAGCUGCUCGAUGUGGACAAUGCAUACGUGAACCUCAAAGGUGCGCAGCUUUUGGCGAUAUUCGCCACGUUCCAAGGAGACGCGUCUGCACAGGCGCCAAAAGGUGCGCUGGAGGCGCUUGUGCGGUAUAUUUACAAGGUGUUUGGCGCCGCCAUCGGAAGAGACGGCAGUACUGCCGAUGAGUCGGAAGGUAAUGCGACGCUGAUUGUCUUGACCAUCCUCGCCGACGCGCUGCGAGUCGACAAGUUUCGGCGCCUCGUGUGGCACAUGUCGGAGGAUGCGUAUGAGCAUCCCAACCAGGACACAUUCAACCUCGUAUCUCACCUGAUCACCAUUGUCCGCACUACUGCGCACGCGCGUACGCAGAGCAGUGCGAGGGACGCCCCCGUGGCUGGCAAGCCGCAGGAGCAGUACCUUACACUCUUAUGCCUCUGGAUCCUUUCCUUUGACAAGGACGCGGCAAGUAAGCUCGAAACACAUUUUUCAAUUGCGCCCGUGCUCGUGUAUGCCGCCGAAACGGCGCUCAAGCAAAAGAUUGUACGCCUUGUGAUCGGAAUUUGGUCGAAUAUGCUCGCGGCCGAGCCCAAGGCGAAUGCGACGCGGUUACUAGGUGCCAAGACCCUUGUGCUGUGCGAGACAUUAGAAGGACGCAAGUAUGCAGAUAAAGAGAUGGAGGCCGAGCUGGAGCACGUUAUGCGCACGCUCGACAACCGGCUCGCACAGAUGAGCUCCUACGACCAAUACUGCUCCGAGCUGUACUCUGGGAAACUAUCUUUCGACAACCCCGUGCACGCGCUGGACGAUUUUUGGAAAGAGAAUGCAGAGAAGCUGGUGGAGAACGACGAUAAGGUUUUGCGGCAGCUCGUGUCGCUGCUCAAGCCUGGCGCGCAUACCGACGAGGAGACGCUGGCCGUCGCGUGCUCCGACAUGGGCAAGUUUAUUCACUAUUUCGACGGCGCGCGGCGUCAUUUGGACAAGGCGGGCGCAAAGCAGGUCAUCAUGUCUCUUAUCGACCAUGCGGAUGGGAAUGUCAAGUACCAUGCACUGCAAACACUUGCGCGUCUCGUUUCUACCAGCUGGAAGUGA